AAUAACUGACCGCUAGGAAAAUGAUGCUCACGUGGAGCGAUUGGGUAACUAAAGUAAACAAUGUUUCAGGCGGGUUAUUGAUACACUAAACGUAUAUCAGGUCAUUAACAUGCACUUUAUUAGCGGUUGGAGAAGAAGUGCCGCUGUCAUAACUGCUAUAAGAUCUCUUUCAGUGAAGAGGCUCUUGUGUUCUUCCGGGCCGGAGGAUGACACUAUCUUCGCCGUGUCGUCGGGUCAGGGCAGGUGUGGGGUGGCGGUGGUUCGGGUCAGUGGUCCGGCAUCAGCACACGCUGUCCGCAGUCUGACCCGAGGUUUCCCCGCUGCUCGGGUCGCCAGCCUCCGCAGCAUCACUCACCCGCAGACCAGAGAGCUGCUGGACCGCGGUCUGGUCCUGUGGUUUCCAGGUCCUGGUAGUUUCACGGGAGAGGACAGUGCAGAGUUUCACAUUCACGGGGGGGCUGCUGUCAUUAGUGGAGUCUUACAGGCGCUUGGGAGUUUGCCAGGGCUGCGGCCUGCAGAGGCGGGUGAGUUUACCCGACGGGCGUUCUGUGCUGGAAAGUUGGACCUUACUGAAGUAGAGGGUCUAGGUGACCUGAUCCAUGCAGAAACAGAAGCACAGAGGCGACAGGCUCUCCGACAAAUGGCGGGAGACCUGGGCCGCAUUUACCAAGACUGGAGAGUUCGGCUUAAACGAUGCUUGGCGCACGUGGAGGCAUUCAUCGACUUCAGUGAGGAUGAACUCAUAGAGGACGGAAUCUUAAAUGACGUGGACACAGCUGUUCGGCAGCUGCAGACAGAUAUGGAAAAUCAUCUCUCAGAUCAGCGGAGGGGAGAGCGCCUGCGCAGCGGUGUUCAGGUGGUCAUCGCUGGAAGCACCAACGCGGGCAAGAGCAGCCUGCUCAACAUGCUCACUCAGCGUCCUGCUGCCAUAGUGUCUGCCACCGCCGGGACCACCAGAGAUGUGGUGGAGGUCCCUCUGGACAUCGGGGGCUAUCCUGUGCUGCUGAGUGACACGGCAGGGUUACGCGACACCACAGACAGCGUGGAGCAGGAGGGCGUCAGGCGCGCCCGUCAGCGGGUGGAGCAGGCAGAUCUGUCUCUGGUGGUCGUGGACUUGACACAGCUUCCUUCUGAGCCCCAGCUAGUGCCUGUCUUCCUCAGUGGACACUUGAAGAACAUCCUGGAGCACUCAUCUCACAGGCAGCAGUGCAUCCUGAUCCUCAACAAAAGUGACCUCGGCUCCGUGGAGCGCAACCGCAGCAUCCAGGCUUCCCUCGAGCGGUCAGCUGAUGUUCCUGCUGCAUGUUUUUUGUCAUGCCACACCGGGGAUGGCCUGGAGGAUCUCCUGACUUUAUUACAAAACAGACUAAAGACUCUGUGUGGUGACCCACUGAUCGGCAGCCCGACUCUGACUCAGACCCGACACCGGACUCUCCUGCAGAACAGUGUCGAGGCUUUACGUCAGUAUCAUCAGUACAGGGACGUGGACCUGGUGCUGGCGGCUGAAGGGCUUCGGUUGGGCCUCUCCAGUCUGGGCAGGAUCACUGGUAGAGUCGGGCCGGAGGAAAUUUUAGACACCAUUUUCAAAGAAUUUUGUAUUGGGAAAUAGAAUAGAGUAAGUAGAAUAAAACAAUAGAAAUGUAAAUCGGCCAACAAGAAAGAUCAUUUUCCAGGGCAUUUAUUGUACUCUACUGUUCAAAAGCUCGGGGUCAGUAAGUGUCACGGUCGGUUGGAGGAAGGCAGACAAAGAAGAAGAUAAUGUCCAAUACAAAGUUUUAAUUACAAUCCAGAAGACAGGUAAACAGGCUAAGCAACACACACGUACAGUACACAUAACGGUGAUCUGGCGGAGAAUGAAUGUGAGGGACCAACUUAUAUAGCUAAUAUAUUACACAAAUGAGGAUGAUUCAUAGAACACAGCUGGCACAUAUUAUCUAAUCAUGAGGAGCCGGAAAACUGAACAAAGGAACACAGGAUGAACAUGAAAACAAACUAAAAGUCCAUGAUAAAGAAACUAGGCUGAACAUAAAUGUGACAGUAAGAUUUCAUAUUUCAAAUGAACGUUUAUUCAUCAAAGAAUCCUAAAAGAAAUAAAUCAUAGUUUUCAUGAAAAUAUUAAGCCAGUCAACUGUUUUCAACUUUAACUGAUAAGUAAUAUAUAAUAAUAAGUACUGUUAAUAAAUACUGAUAAUAAUCAGAAAUCAACAUAUUAGAGUGAUUUCUGAAGGAUCAUGCGACACUGAAGACUGGAGUAAUGAUCCUGAAAUAUAUCACUGCAAUAAAAAAUAUAUUCAAAUUAAAAACAUUGUAUAUUUGACAGUAAUACACAAUUAUUCCAAAGUUGCAAGCAUUCACUGUUGCUGAUGAAGCCACACACUACAUUUCACAAAUAAUCUUUAAGCUAAUAAGGUUAGGCUGUCCGCAGAGGAGGGGCUCGGAGAAGCAGCUUCAUCUAAACCCUCCAGUGGGACUCUUAAUGUUUGGAUGAGGAGUUGAGGAGGUGGAGGGAUGCCAAAACAGCUGAUGCCAGAGCAAGGUUUAGAUCUGAUGGGUUCACUCCUCCUGAAAGUACGUUUGUGAAGAGCCUUUUAAACAGGGUGAUCAGUCUAAAUAAUUAUUUGUCUUGUUGGAAGUAUGCCAUUAUCUAAUGUAGUUUCUGAAGGGCGGUACUAAAAAUUCAUUUAAACAAAACGAACAAAUUAACUGAUAAAAUGAUUAAAAACUUUAGUUUUCAAAUCUCCCCAACAAGCUGUUUCAUAGAAUGACCUGAUCAGUCCAAACAGGCAACAUUAGAGCGCACUGGAACCAGAUAAAUGUGUCAUUUAUUUUAGUAGGCUUUAGUAGUUUCGAAUCUCGGCUUAUCAAAAAAAAAAAAAAAAAAAUUCCUCCCGGUGUCCCGCUUUAAAGAGUGACUUCACACUAGCCUUGGCAGGGGGAAUUCUUAGUUGUUCUGGUUUCAUUAUGCGCAAACAUUCUGGCGGCGUUCUCUGUGUUCAACUGUACCGGCUGCGUAGGAAGGAGGUGUUCAGAAAUGGUCCCCACGGCCCUUUGUUCUCCUGUCAAUCCGACAUUCAUUUAAAUAUUUAUGUGUGCUUGCUGAACUCUUCACCCGUUUGACGACAUCAGGGUGCGAGCGGCUGUACGCAGCACGCUGUACCUUCUGCCUUCCUCUCAUUCAUGACGCUGUUGUGCUGUUGUUUCUGCUGAUUACUGGGGUUAAAAGGGACCCAUAAAUCUCACCAAACUGUGUUUGGUGGAGAGGCCACCAUGAUCGUACAAAAACUGCCCUGGAACCGUAUAGAUUCCUUUAGAAUGAUGUCAUAUUGAUUUGUGAAAGCAGAAAAAUAUGGAAAAGCACUUCCCCUUCUCUAUUCUCCCUCCCCUUCAUAUAAAACACACCUAAAAUUACAUUUAAUCUUUAAAUAUGCAGUUUAUAUCUUCCGACUGCAUGUUUAAACUUUUCAAAUUAUAAUAGGUUUUCGCCACAAUUAGUAAUUGUACAGGGUUUUCCAAUCUUUGUAAUGCAGAAGUAUAUGCAGCCAUGUGAGUAUCAGCUUAUUUAAUUAAUGAGCUAGAAGUGCAUCACAUCUUAAUUUAAUGUCAUCAUUUCCUUUGUUAAAAAAAAAAUGGAAAUAGGAGUUGUUUUUUUAUGUCAUGUCUAUUUAUUAAAACAGAUCAAUAUAUUAACAAGGUUGUUGAAACCUGCAAAUGGUUGAAACAAGUAAUUGCUGAAACACAAUUCUUAAUGUGUAAAGAAUAUUAUAUACAUCACAACGCAUGUGGAACUUUCACAAGGUCAGAUUUUCUCAAUUUUAACAUUAACUAAUGCUUUUU